GAGUCUGUAAAUUUGAAUAUAUCUAAAAAAAAAAAUCGAGUAGUCAUCCAAACCGAAAAAUCAACAAAUCGAACAUAGGCAACCCAACUUAUCAACAAAGAGCAUCACUCUUCUCUAUUCCUUAGUUGACGUCAUUUUAACACAUGCUCAGUUGAAGCGUCGCAACGGAGUCGUUUGGGGCAUACACGCGUGGUUCACUACAGCUAGAGAACAGCAGCCAUGAAGAACAGCAUAUGUUUAAAACACUAUCUGUCUAUGAACCAACUUCAUCAGAAGUAUUGUUAGUUAUUAUAUGGACAUUUUAAAGUGUUUCAGUUACUGUUAAUAUUUAAUUGUGUACAACUUCUAUAGGUACGGAGACGUUUUGUUCAGAGGAAACAAUGAAUCUCUCGAGUAAACCAUAUGAACAGUGAAUAAUCGAAGCAAAAUUAGGUUGUUUCACUGAAAUGUUCUGAAACUCGACAGGAUAUGCUGCUUUACUGGGGGUUUUGUCAUGUCAACGGACGUCAGUUUCACCAAGCGUGCUGCAGCCGAACUAAGUCGAUGUUUCAACGGUCUAGCAGUUCGAGGAAGGGCCAACAAUGGCCGUUCUGCUGGAGGACUGACCAGUUCUCCGUCUUCAGUUGGUCAAGGAUCAAAUAGUCGUCACGACGUCUCUCCGAGCGAUAAGAAAAAAAUCCCUCGUGUGGACAAAAUUGGCCAGAUGAGGGAGUAUUUAGCAACAGUAAAAAAACCACGGACACUGAGUGACUUGUGGCAAGAUUCGGGAUUUUUGGGAACGUUUUUUUGGUACUUCAUUGCUCGUGACCGGAACACGUUAGCGCAAGUGUGCCAAAUCUGGCGAGACGUACUGUAUCAACCGAAGUAUUGGAAGGGGGUUCUCCCAAUUCUCCGGUGUCGUGAACUGCGGUCCCCUUCAGGGGAUCUAGCAGCUACUUCCGAACUAAGGAAGCGGGUGUACCUCAGCCUCGAGCGUCGUGGUUUUGACUCGGCUUGUCUCUUUGGCGCCAAUGACGAGGACGUGUAUGAUUUCGUGAGUAACUGUCCACCUUCUCAAGUGCGGAACCUGCGUCACGUAGCAUUACGUUGCUGUAAUGUGACAGAUAAAGGUCUUGAGGCGUUGCUGGAAACUUUACAAGCCGUGACCCAGCUCGAAUUGUUCGGCUGUAAUGAGAUUACUGACGCAGGCCUGUGGGCUAGUUUUAGCCCUCGUAUUGUUUCCUUGACUCUAGCAGACUGUAUCAAUAUAGCGGACGAAAGCGUUGCUGCAGUGACCCAGCUACUGCCAUCCUUGUACGAGCUCAAUUUACAAGCGUAUCACGUGACAGAUGCAGCUUUGGCAUUUUUUGGGCCUCGCCAAAGUGCGACCUUAAUUAUUCUUCGUCUUCGAUCUUGUUGGGAGAUCACUAACCAUGGCCUCCUUAAUCUAGUCCACGCUCUUCCCAAUCUGAGUGUACUCUCACUCUCAGGUUGCUCUAAAAUAACCGACGACGGAGUGGAACUGGUAGCCGAAAACCUGCGACAAUUGCGGUCACUUGACCUUUCCUGGUGUCCCCGAAUCACGGACGCUGCUUUGGAGUACAUUGCUUGUGACCUGACCCAACUGGAAGAGCUGACAUUAGACAGAUGUAUGCACAUCACUGAUAUUGGGCUAGGCUAUCUAUCUACAAUGGCUAACCUGUGCGCUCUUUACCUCCGAUGGUGUUCACAGAUUCGAGACUUUGGAAUUCAACAUCUUUGCAGUAUGCGCCAUCUACAAAUACUGUCCCUUGCAGGGUGCCCUCUAGUAACAUCCGUUGGAUUAUCUUCAAUUGUUCAGCUUCGCCAUCUUCAGGAGCUUGAGCUAACCAACUGCCCAGGGACUUCGGUAGAAUUGUUUGAAUACCUACGCGAAAACCUUCCAAGCUGUAUGAUUAUAGAAUGAUGAUGACUUUUAAUUGUCUAUAUGUGAGUGAGUUACGAAUUUAAUAAUAGUGAACACCUUAAAUAUAUUGCAUUUAUUUCGUUUAUUCGAUAUGAAUUUUUAUUUUUUACAAAUGCAGGCAAACUAGUCAAUGAUCGCAUAGAAUUUUUAUAAGCCCAUAGACAAUGAAUACAACGUAUCUAUGUGCUUAAUUCUUUACUAGAAACCUCCGAGGCUUAAGUAUAAAUUUAAAAUAUAUAAAAAAUAACAGCAAAUUACCUAAUUAUCAUAAGCUGAUUACUAAAACUGAAACCUACACUAGCAGCCCUUUGUAAUUUUUAAGACAAUAUAACAUAAUUGCAGUUGAUACAUUAACUAACUGGUGAAAGGUAAUGUAAUUUAGUUAA